AUGCAAGAGCAACCGGCCACUGAGCCCCAGCAGCAGAGGCAUCCAGACCCCAUGCCACAGCAGCCUCAGCAAGUGUGGUAUCCACCUCAAAUUCCCCAGCAUCCGAAGCAACUGCAUGCUAUGCUCCAGCAAGUGUGGCGUCCAGCUCAAAUGCACCAGCAGCAAAAACAACCGACUGCCAUUCCCCAGCAAGUGUGGCAUCUAGCACCAAUGCCCCAGCAGAAGCAACCGACCGCCAUGCCUCAGCAGCCUCAGAAAGUGUGGCAUCCAGCUCCAAUGCUCCAGCAGCAAAAGGAACUGGGCUCUGAUCUUAAGAAGCCUCAGCAAGUCUGGUAUCCAGCUAAAAUACCCCAGCAGCAGAAGCAACAGACUGCCAUGCCCCAGCGAGUGUGGCAUCUGGCUCAAAUGCCCCAGCAGCACAAGCGUUCAGCCGCCAUGGUUCAGGAAGUGUGGUAUCCAGCUCCAAUGCCCCAGCAGCAAAAGCAACCAGCCGCUGAUCCUAAGCAGCCUCAGCAAGUGUGGUAUCCAGCAAAAAUUCCCAGCAACACAAGCAACCGCCUGCUUUGCCCCAGCAAGUGUGGCGUCCAGCUCCAAUGCCCCCGAAGCAACCGGCCUCUGAGCCUCAUCUGCAGAAACAACCGACCUCCAUUCCCCACAAGAAUGGCAUCCAGCUCAAAUGCCACUGCAGCAGAAGCAACCGACUGCCAUGCCUCAGCCGCAGAAGCAACCGGCCGCCAUGCCUCAGCCGCAGAAGCAACCGGCCGCCAUGCACCAGCAAGUGUGGCAUCCAGCUCAAAUGCUCCGGCCACAGAAGCAACCUGCCACUGA